GCAUAUUGAAUGUUGAGACUGAUUGGCCUUCGCAACUCAGUUUGCUUCAGAUUCGAAAUUCUGGGUAAUGUCAAAGAAAGCUAAACGUGCUUUGAAGUCAAUAGCGGAUUACUUAUUUCUAAGUAAAAGUGCACAUGGAAGCAUAUAUUCUAAAAACAGACACAAAGGUUAUUUUCAUCCUUGCAACAUAAUUCCUAAUAAAUAUAUAUACAGAAUUCGAAUAUGUUACAAAUUUACCUUUACAGAUGUUGUUUUAUUUCAACUCGCUUUAUUCCCCAUUUUGGUUUAUCGGAACGCUAAUGACACUCAUUAUAGAGUUCGAAUACUUAGACCCCGUUUAUAAAGUAAUUAAUACUGCCGUAUUCGUCUUAUACUCUGUUUUGGAAGGCCUUAGACUGUAUCUUGGGUAUGCUGGAAAUUUGAUGGAGCUGGUCCCUGAACUAGCUGGAUCAUGGUUACUGACUAUUUUGAUACAACUUCCAGCUAUUUCUUUCAUGUUAUUCAACUGUGAUAUGAUUAUAUCAUCAUUUGAGAGAACUAUCCAUAUAAUUGAGUUUAUAAUGGUAGUCUUUGAAUCUUUGGUUGGAUUUUUUGUUCUAAAACUUAUGGUACAAAUGCAAGCCCUAAAGUUCCAUUCACAUUUACGCUCUCGUAAGAUUGAAAAUUUUGAGAACAAAUCUCUUGAAUAUCAGAUGUGAUUUUUGAUA